AUGGCGGGGCGAAUGUAUCUCAUGACUUAUAAUUGGCUACUAUGCACCGGAUGGUUUUAUAUGUUGUGCUUAGCUUUAAAAACCUUAAUAACAGUUGAUAAAUCAGGAGGAGGAGGACACGCCCAUGUUUACCAAGCUGUUGAAAUCCCCCUUUUAUUUGCACAAUCUGCUGCCUUUUUUGAGGUACUUCACAGCUUGAUAGUUGUCAUCAAACGUCAACUAGUUUAUUUUCUGUAUUAUAUUUUGGUAUUCAAUGGUUUGGUAAGAUCUCAAAUUUCAGCUACACUGCCUCAAAUAAGUUCAAGAUUAUUUGUAGUGUGGGGAAUCUUGUAUAAUUUUCCUCAGGUUCAGACUCAUCCCUUCUUUAGCUCUAUGGUUAUCAGUUGGUGUAUCACUGAGAUUAUUCGAUAUUCUUUUUUUGCUAUGAAGGAGACAUUCGGAUCUGCACCUUUUUGGCUAUUGUGGCUCAGAUAUAGCACCUUUCUCGUAUUGUAUCCCUCUGGCAUUGCUAGUGAAAUUGGCCUAAUCUACAAAUCCUUACCUUAUAUAAAGGAAUCCGGGUUUUUGACAAUAAGGAUGCCCAAUGCAUGGAACUUCUCAUUUGAUUAUUUUUAUUGUGCGAUUAUGGUGCUUGGAGUUUACGUACCAGGGGUCCCACAUUUGUAUGGUCAUAUGCUUGGGCAGAGAAAGAAAAGUUUAUCCAGAUCGAAGAGGGAGUGAGAAGUUGAGAGAGAUGAUGGAUUUAUUUCACCUAGACGUCUAAUGGAGAUAAGUAUAUAGUUCUCUUAUGCUCUCCUUUUUUUUUCUCUCCAAUUCUUCGUUAUUAUUUGCUUUUUCAUCCUAACCUUGUAAAUCCGGAAAUAUGUUGAUGCACGACACCCUUGUAGUUCGUUAUUUACUGGACAACGUGAAUCUAUGUUCAUUGUCUCAA